UGGAACACCGCGGGGAAAACUAAUUGCCAGGUGGCGACGCAACCCUUGUACAGAUUUUCUGUUCCACGAGUCCCUAACCGCCAAACAGAAAAACCCUAGCAGUUUGAACCCACGCUCCACCGCUUAACUCUCUGUCCUACACGCGCUGUCAAGUAAAAGCUUCUUCAAACCUGAACAAAGAUGGCUGAAGAAGAGAAGGAAGAAAUUAAGUCUUUUAAAGAUUUAGGUUUAUGCGACGAAUUAGAGGAAGCCUGCGACAGUUUAGGUUGGAAAACCCCUACCAAAAUCCAAGUCGAAGCCAUUCCCCAUGCUCUCGAAGUGAAGGAUUUGAUUGGACUUGCCCAAACAGGUUCGGGUAAAACAGGGGCGUUUGCUCUUCCCAUACUGCACGCCCUUUUGGAAUGCCAUGGGAAACAAGGAUAUAAAUCUGCACCUGCAUUUUUUGCUUUGGUGCUUUCCCCAACACGGGAGCUUGCUAUUCAAAUUGUGGAACAAUUUGAAGCUUUAGGAUCUGGGAUUAGUCUAAAAUGUGCUGUGCUUGUUGGAGGAGUGGACCUAAUUCAACAACAAAUUGCCAUUGGAAAGCGGCCACACAUCAUUGUUGGGACUCCUGGACGCCUUGUGGAUCACCUGACCAAUACUAAAGGUUUUUCCCUUCGCAUGCUGAAAUAUUUGGUAUUAGAUGAGGCAGAUAGGUUACUGAAUGAGGAUUUUGAGAAAGCACUUGAUGAUAUUUUGAAUGUUAUUCCUCGUGAUAGGCACACAUAUUUGUUUUCUGCAACCAUGACCAAAAAGGUGAAGAAGCUACAAAGGGCAUGUCUGAGAAAUCCUGUGAAGAUUGAAGCAGCAUCUAAAUAUUCCACUGUUGACACAUUGAAGCAGCAAUAUCGCUUUAUACCUGCAAAGUACAAGGAUUGCUAUCUUGUUUACAUUUUGACUGAAAUGUCAGGAUGUACAUGUAUGGUUUUCACUCGAACGUGUGAUGCAACUUGUCUUUUAUACUUUAUUCUUCGGAAUCUUAAUAUAUGGGCCAUUGAUUGCUAUCUUGUUUACAUUUUGACUGAAAUGUCAGGAUGUACAUCUAUGGUUUUCACUCGAACAUGUGAUGCAACUCGUCUUUUAUCCUUUAUUCUUCGGAAUCUUAAUAUACGGGCCAUUCCCAUUAGUGGUCAAAUGACUCAGUCAAAGAGGCUUGGAGCCUUGAAUAAGUUCAAGUCUGGGGAGUGUAAUGUUCUUGUUUGCACUGAUGUGGCUAGUAGAGGACUUGACAUUCCAUCUGUGGAUAUGGUUAUUAAUUAUGAUAUCCCUACAAACUCUAAGGUUAGACUUACACUAUCUUUUUAUUUGGUUUAACUUGUUUCAGCCACGUCAGACCUUGAAAAAACUGUGCAUUCGUUUAUUCUAUCAAUUGAUCUGGGUUUUUAAAAAGAUAGUCAUAAAAUCUUUGCGCUAGUUCUUUUGCUGCCCUUUUUUCCUCCUCUUUUUGGCUAAUUUUUAAGAGAGUACAGAAUUACAUCCAUUGAGUGGGUAGAACAGCUCGAGCAGGACGAUCUGGUGUUGCAAUCUCACUAGUGAAUCGGUAUGAGAUGGAGUGGUAUCUGCUGAUAGAAAAGCUUAUUGGAAAAAAGUUACCUGAGCAUCCUGCUCAGGAAGAGGAAGUCUUGCUACUGUUGGAAAGUGUCACAGAAGCCAAAAGACUAUCGCAGAUGAAACUUAAAGAAAUUGGAGGCACAAAGAAGAGAAAGGGUGGAGAUGAUGAUGAAGAAGAUGUAGAGAGAUAUCUAGGCAUAAAAGGCAAGUCCUCCAAGAAAUUUAAGAAAAAAUGAGACUGGAUGCUUUUGAUGUUAUUCUUGUCUCUCGUUAACUUGGCUUUGACUAAGAUGGUGGAUUCAGGUUAGCUUAAAUUUUGAUAGUGUAAGAUAUUCGACAUUACCUUUAUUCGGAAAAGUAAAAUAAAAAAUGGAAAGAGAAUAAGGGAAGAAUUCUAUUUCUUUUAUUUUUCAACUUUAUUUUGGAAAG